UAAUGAGCUUCAUUGACACAUAAUUCAUAAAGAUUGGCACAUGAAAUGAGUAAGCCUCAAAAAGGACCUGUUGUCGAAUAUAUAAAUUACUGCAAAAGUUCCUUCACUCUUACUUUUGCUAUAGAAAUCCUUGGCCUUGAUAUUUGGCACGAUUGUAACGAAGGCUGGUUAGAUUUAGGCCCAUGCUUCCAAGGAAUAAAACUGCAGUAUCAAUUAAAUCCAGGUCAAGUUUUUGACCUGGAUAUUCUUAUAUGGCCACAUGUGGCUAAGAUCUGGUUUGGCAACAAAUACGCUUGGGUGAGAACUUGGCAGUAUCUGCAGAGGAGAUGGCUAGCGUUCUCCAUAAAACACUUGUUUCCUGUACGGGUGGUGGAAUUUCAGCAGUUCACAGCUACCGUAAACCCUAUUCUUGGUCUGGGAUCGUUAGGAACAAAUGCAAAGAAUGACAAAACUACUGAAGUGUACUUGCCUCCCUUAGAAUUCGGCGUACGGCGCUACUUCGCUCCCGUGAUUGAAGUAGAAGAGCAAAUAGAGAGUUUCAUGUACAAUAUUAUUUGGAAUAUUGUUACCAGUUUCAUUCCAGCUAGUUUCGAAGAUGGUUUAUACGAUUGUCCAUAUGCAGUGGAAGAUAUAAGACAUCAAGAUGCAAUAAUAGAAACUGUACAGGAUAUUAUUUUGAAUGCACCAAUUCCCAAAGAAAUAAAUGAAGAACCGGAGCCUGACAUUAAGUUAAGAAGAGAGUCAAAGAUGAUGAAACAAGAUAAGGAAAAGAAAAAAGUGGAGGUUUCUAAAGUAAAAUUUGAAAUAAAACUCAGUGGAGAUAACAUUUUGUCCGGUAUUGGAAGAAUAAUAAAAUUUGACACGGUCGGUGAUCGUCCGCCCGAACUAGGUGAAAUAGUGACCCUCAUCAGCAGUUUCAACUUACCUGCUCAAGAUGACUUACCAAUACUUUUUAUAAAUGUUGAAAGAUUAUUCGACAUACCAACGGACCAUUUUAUAAAACUCAAAAUAACUCAGCUUUAUACACGGUGGAAAAUUGGUGAAGAAAUACAUGACUCCGAGUUACAGCCCAUAAAAUCGAAAAACGAUAUGAAAAUCAAUGACCACCACGCAGUACCUUUGCACUAUAGCGAUGGUUCUGAAGUCACUGCAAGGUUUCUCGAUAAUGAUUUUGAAAUUCAACUCCGUGGAAUUCGUCCGAUCAUUUUUAAUUUUAACGACAAGCCUACUUUUUUUGGUUAUUUGAAAAAUGAUCGUGACUUUGGAAAGAAAUCCCCACCAAAAGUACAACCAAAUGAAGACACUGAUAUUCUUAUAGCUGUAACAAAAAUUAAUUGCCGUAGUAUAGCUAAAGGUCUCAAUGAAUUUAUUAGAGGAGAGUAUCCCUUAUAUCCACCGCAAACUUCUAUUGAAAAACUGCAACGGCCGACGAUUUGCACAAAUGACAUAAAUGCAAUAGGGUUACCGAUCAAACCCGAUUUAAUUGUCCAACCUUAUAUAAUACUUGAAGCACAAAUGACUUUAGAAGUCUCAUUGGGAUUAGUUGGAUGCCGGUUACAUAAAUUAACUACAAGUUACGCUAGAUUGUAUGCUCUUAUCAAUGAUAGAGACAGUAUAGUAGCAAUAAACAAAAUAGUAAGCGAUAUCAACAAGGAAAGUCUGGAAAAUGGUAACAGAUCUGAAUUAUUAACUGGUUUUGCUCUUGAUACAAGUGAAAUUGUACUAUUCUUUAUUGAAGGACCAAAAGAUGGUGCAAUUUUGAAAGUUUGGGAGUACACAGCUGAUUUUUAUCCUGCUGUAAAACCGCAAUUUUGCUCCUCUGCAAGAUAUCAUACGAGAAUUUAUGAAAAUAUGGUCAUAACGACAGUGCCUUUCCUGAUUCUAAGGAUGUACGUGCCUUUAGGUGUUCUUUUAGCGUGUCCUCCUAUUUACGUGCGACCAGCUCUGCCUAUUCCAACGAGAACAGCUCUGCUGAAAAUGGGUCGUCUUAUAGCAGGAAAACUGAGAAAAAUACCGUGUAGAGUCGACAUGCCUACGGAGCCUGAACUCAGCAGCUUCAGGCUAGAACUUUGUGUCGCACCAAGAACAGCACCAAUAGGCAAGGCAGAUGAAUGUGCUAGGGAGUAAUGGGAGAAAGUCAUCAAGAAAAAUAAUAUACCACUUGAUAAACAAAUUAUAUCUCACUAAAAAUAAAAAUUGUUCCAUAUUUAUUUGAUUUAAGAAA